UUGAUCUUGAAGGUAGCGACAAUGAUUAUCCUAGUUUAGCCUUUAUUGUAUCGCGGAUUGAAGAAAUUUCCAAAAAAAAGAGCGAAAAAUGGUCAAUAUUACGAGACUUGCAAGUUGGAAAUUCAGAGGAACCUGAACCCGAACUGGAUUCUGAAUCAGGGACUAAAUUUGAAAAUGGCGUUUCCAAUGACUUAUCAGAGAAAAGUUCUCCGCCACCAAAAUUUGAACCACUCGAGGUUUCCUUAUCAUUCAAGGACGAAAAAGGAAAGAUGAAUGCACUGUUGAGCCCGGUGAUCUCAAAUCAUGAACGAAACGACUUCAGACCUUUUUCGAGUUACACGAGGAAUGAACAAACCAUUUCAUCAUCAAAUACCAUUUGGUAUAAAACGAUUAGACUCGUCCCCACCUCCUGGGCCAAUAUACAAGAGACCAAGGCCUAUGUCCAACGGGAUGCAUUACUCCGAAUCCAUCUACGGACCACCACCCACUGGGCCGAGUGGAAUGUCCGGGAACGGAAUGAUGGUGAGUGA